CACACGGAAGUCAUCGUGUGCACCUGUUACACUUUCAAACAGGAAAGAGAACGAAUGAAUACAUAUUCACUCGAACUAAGUCGCUUCGAGCCAGUGUUUUAAACUUGAAACGUCUUUUUUGGGGGUUGUUGUGAAAAACCCCAUCAACCUGAACCUUUAUGGACAAAUUAAAGAAAGUUUUGAGUGGCCAAGAUGGAAGUGACGACCUCAACAUACUGCAGGAAGCGAAUGAAGCAUCAACACUGGGAUGGGGCACGCGCGUCAAGGGAUUCCUCGCGUGUUUUGUGGCUGGCGUCUUGUGUUCAGUUUUGGGAACCUGCUUGCUUUGGGUGCCCAGAAAAGGACUGACACUCUUUGCUGUCUUUUACAGUUUAGGUAAUAUUGCUUCUAUUUUAAGCACGAUGUUCUUAACGGGUCCAUUAAAGCAACUCAAGAGGAUGUGUGACAAGACGAGAGCUCUGGCAACUGCCAUUAUGAUUACAUGCCUGGUGCUAACCUUCUGUGCUGCUUUUUGGUGGAAUAACAAAGGCCUUGCUCUGCUGUUCUGUAUCCUCCAGUUUUUGGCCUUUACAUGGUAUAGCUUAUCCUACAUUCCUUUUGCAAGGGAUGCAAUUAUUAAGUUGUUCUCCGCGUGCUUCAAGUGAGAUGCCUCUACAUUUGGCCUUGGCUGUCUCUCUAUGUGCUGCUUUGGCUCCAGCUUCGGUGCUACCUUCAAUGCCACUCAUGUACCCACUCUGCAGCCUGGCACAGACACCUCACCACACUACAGGCUCCCCUUACUCUCCCCAAUGGAUGGACGCUCUCCAUCUGUGUGAACAAGCACACACAGACAAGUACUCACACACACACACACUUGUGCUUUACAUUCAAGUAGGGAAAUAUGAAGGAUGAAAUAAUCUAAUUAGGUAAAUGGUUGAGUUUUGGACACUGCCCUAUAGUGACAUGCUUGGUGCAACAAGAUGGAGCAGCUUAUUUUACAUUUAACUGCUGUGUAAGUGAUCAUUCAUUCUUACGUGCCUUCCUCUCUGCCGUUAUCCAAGGAUAACUUAAGGAUUAGAUUGGGUAGAAAUGUAACCAGUGUUUGCAGUUUUUUAGGAUUUAGGUUGAUUUCUUUUUAAGCUAGAACAAGACAAUGAUGAAGGGCUUUCUAAAUAAUUGAUCCAAUUAUAUUUUAAUUCAGAAGUUAUCUAUUAUAGGUAAGUAAAAGGAUGACAGAAAUGUCUUAUUACUUAUUGUUAUCUUAUUAGAUAAGUCAAAUAUUAAACUCUUAUUAGGGUGCCAAUGUAUAUCUUUAUGGUCCAUUUGUCUUCAAAAAAACUAUUUCUUUCUUUGCAUUUAGGAGUAAAAUGAUGUGCCUUUUUCUGAUUAAUGUUUAUUAUGCCUGUCCUUAUUUUUUCAAAUCACAGACACAUUUCCUUUUAACUGUAUUGAUUUCAAAAAUGACAGUGGUAGUUUUCCUCCUUGUUGUCUUUUAAAAUGUCUGCUAAUAUAUUCACUGAAGAGAUUCAUUUUAUUUAUAUGUAUACAAAUAUUUUUCUGACUGAAAUGUACAUUCCAGAAUUAUUUUAUCAUGACUCAAAUUGAAAUUUCCCCUACAUCAUGAUAAUUAAUUGCCCAUGUUUGUUUCAUUAUAUAGAUUUGCAUUAUUUCUAUGAAACGAUUUCUAUCUGAGGUGUUUAAAAUUGCUACUGCUACUGUAUGGACAUUAUAACUAUCGAUGCUAUUAAAAGUUAUUCACGUUCA